CAACCGCCGAGUCAACACAUGUACAACCGGUACAGAAUACGCCGACAUUCGCCGAGUUUCGCGUAAUAUUUCCAAAUUGGUAUUAGGAAUAUUUGUACUACAUAUAGACGUAUAGACAUGGCUAAAAACUAUGAAGCAAAAAAAUAUCGUCGACAAAAAAAGCACUUUGAUUACAAUCUAUUUUUCCAUCCAAGCGUUUGUCACGUUUGCAAAUCAACAAACCAAAGGAAAUUGACGUUAUGUCCUCGGUGUAACAUGAUCGCCUAUUGUACUGAAGAGCACAGAAGAAUACACCAACCUCACCAUAAGGAAGUGUGUUCACUCAUAGCAAAGUUCAUAGAUGAGGACCCGGAGUGGAAUACUCGCCCUUUGUGGCACAAUGAUUGGAUAAAAUCACAGGAAAAUUUUCUGCGAAUGAUCCAGAUGACACUGGGACGCAAAAUGAAGCCAUACGAAGAGCAAAUGUUCAUAUAUGCAAAAACAUGUUAUAUAUGUCAUCAACGGAGUUAUUUACACACGUGUGAAAGAUGCAUGUCGUUCAGUUACUGCGCUAAUCACGUACCACUGAUAUUUGCGGAUGUUCACAAUUCAGUAUUUUGUGAUAUGCUAGCAUUAACUCUCAAAUUAGAUGUCAAAAGUCUCAAUCCUUCUGUAUGGAAAACAGUACACAGUGUAAUUAAAUUCGGUGCAUUUCCCAGUAAAAAGAUAUCUUCAACUAACAUGACCUCAUUUUGUAAUAAAUAUUUUCCACCUCAUGUACAAGACAAUUGGUGUCUUUAUGACCACAUCUUUACGGAUUAUGUAUCAGAUCCAUUGACUCUACACCAAGGGUUGCAAACUGCGAGUUUAAUCCAUUCUGAAACGAAAGCGGAUACUUUUAAUAUUCAUGUUGUAGCCGCAAACUAUGUGGACAGACGCCAUUUUCCAGCUUGGGAGCUUUUCUUACAUCUCUUAAAUAAGACAAGGAAACUAAUAAUUACAAUGAUAGGACCAGAAUUAUACACCGAAACUAUUAGACACCACACUUGCUCCCGUUGCAAAAUUGGAAGGAAGGAGCUCAUUCUUCAAUCUUUCCCUAUGUUGUAUUACGAUUAUGUUACUAAAACUAAUUAUAGACGACCAAAUGUAAUCGUAGGAUUUCAAGCAGAAUUUAGUGCCGUGGGAACAUGGUCGAAAUCUAUAAGAGCAAUGCAGAUGCAGAAUUGUCCAUUACUUUUAACCGCUAAAAAUCCGUAUAAGAUACAAGAGGACAUAAUUAAGAUACAAGAAGUCCUCGGUACAUCGGUAAAACCUUUUCUUGAAAUGAAAAACAAGUUCUUUUCUUAUAGGCCAUAUAGGGACUUCAACAAUGGUCUGCUUGAGGAGCGUGUCGCGACGGCAUCACGAAUUCGCGGAGGCAAGCAUGGACGGGAAAAAGAGUCGCGAAACAGAACCGUGUCGGCGAAACACGAGAGCAAGACCGAAUCCUUCUGUAGCAGGACAGUCAAAAUCCCCUCGCUGUGUUCUGUACAGCCGACGGGGACGACUGCGGCUGAAAUAUUCGGGAGAGAUCGAGCGAGUCGGUAGCGAUUGUCACACAAAGCCACUCUACCGUGAGCGUCGCGACUCUAAAUCGUUCAAGCGGAAGAGACGAAAGAUGGAAGAGGAUUGAAGCCUGCACGCACGUUCGAGGACGCGCAGGUUCGAAUGGAAGUGUCUCCGGAAGGCGAAAGUGAAGCCCACGGGCUGGGGUGGAUAUUUCGAAGUAGACAGUUGGGACAGCCUUGGAGAUUACACGGCCCGUUGAAAUUCAGAGUUGGAAUUACACAUGGCGCGGUUGACGAGAGUACUCGCGAAACGCGAAUCGAUCGAACGUGUGUCUGAAGAAUUGAAUUAGAUUAUUUAUUUUGCUUCAUAUACGUGAAGUCUUAUCCAAAAGCGUCGAUGUUUUUUAAAGACCACACUGAGAGAAAUUAUCCGAUAAAAAAUUAACAAACGGAUCCGAGUCGAAAUUUUGAUGCUACUUUGACACUCUUAAGGAUAGUUUAUGCCUACUUAGACAAUUUAUAGCUUAGGUAAAACCUACUUUGACCAUAUUGAUACCCAUUAACUUCUCUUUUGAACCUUUAACUCUACUUUGUCAAAAUUUUGACGCUACUUUGACGCUCUUAAAAAUAGCUUGAGCCUACUUAGAUAA